UUUGCCAACUCCAUGUAAUAGCUUUCGAGCUCAUCGAAUUUGCAUUAUUGGCUUCCUUAUGUCACAAUGACCAAGUUUUAAGAUCUUUUCAAUCCUCUCCCUUAUUUCACCUACUUUUCCUUCUGAAACUUGAAUCAUGAAAACCAGAAAUCUUUUUAACAAGAAACGAUCAUGCCAUCAGCCAAAAUUGAUCGGCAAGGACACGCAAAGCAAGCAAACAGAAGGGAGUUUGGAGUGGAUUAGGAAUCAAUUGAUUGGAAGAGAUGAAGAGUUUGAUACUCCAUUCGGGAGGCGAGUUCUCAUUUAUGCUGAUCAUACUGCAUCUGGGAGGUGCCUGCACUACAUCGAAAAUUAUAUCACUCAACAAGUCCUCCCUUUCUAUGGCAACACUCAUACCAAAGAUAGCUAUGCUGGUGAAAGAACAACAAGGAUGGUAAGCGAUGCUACAGAGUAUAUCAAGAGAUGCCUUGGUGCCGGACCUGAUGAUGUUCUCCUAUUUUGUGGCUCUGGAGCCACUGCUGCAAUCAAAAGGUUACAGGAAGUGAUGGGAAUUGCAGUGCCUGCAACUCUUAUGGAUAGAGUUAUUAAGAAUUUAAGGGAGGAGGAGAGAUGGGUUGUGUUUGUUGGGCCACAUGAGCACCAUUCAAAUCUCCUCUCGUGGCGGCAAAGUGCGGCCGAAGUGAUUGAAAUCGGUUUUGAUGGUGAUGGAAUGCUUGACAUGGAAGCAUUAGAGCUCGAGCUCUCCUCUAUGAAAUACAGAAAUCGGCCAUUGUUGGGUUCCUUCUCAGCUUGCAGCAACGUUACUGGGAUCAUUACUGACACUAGAGCACUUGCUCGACUCCUACACAAGCAUGGCGCCUUUGCUUGCUUCGACUUUGCCUCGAGCGGUCCUUAUGUGGAAAUAGACAUGAGGUCUGGAGAUAUAGAAGGAUAUGAUGCAAUAUUUAUUAGUCCUCACAAGUUCAUAGGUGGUCCGGGAUCACCUGGCAUUCUUAUGAUGAACAAAACCCUCUAUCAGCUCAGAUCCCUGCCUCCCUCCACUUGUGGAGGAGGUAUUGUUGAUUAUGUCAACGGCUACAAUCCAGAGGAUACUCUGUACCGCGACGGCAUUGAAGAAAGAGAGGAUGCUGGAACGCCGCUAAUCCUUCAGAAGAUAAGGGCGGCGUUGGCCUUUUGGGUGAAGGAAUCUGUAGGCUAUGAUGUUAUUAAUGUUAAGGAGAGGCUUUACAUCCAAAAAGCCACUGAAAGACUGCGUAAGAAUCCCAAUAUUAAAAUAUUGGGGAAUUCAGAUGCAGAGAAGAUCUCAAUCUUUUCCUUCAUGGUGUUUCCUAGCGAGACUGGAGGAUGCAGAAUGGAGAAUCGGAAGCCUCUCCAUGGUAGGUUUGUGACCAAACUGCUUAAUGAUCUGUUUGGUAUUCAGGCGAGAGGAGGUUGUUUUUGUGCCGGUCCUUAUGGCCACUAUCUGCUCGGAGUUGAUAAGAACCUUUCGCUUAGCAUUCGCUCGCACAUACAAAUGGGGUACAUUGGAUUAAAACCUGGAUGGACAAGAGUGAGCUUUGCCUACUACAUAACCGAGGAGGAAUGUAUUUUCAUACUUGAUGCCAUUGAAUUCAUUGCAAGCUAUGGCCACCUCUUCCUCCCCAUGUAUCACUUUGAUUGGGCCACUGGAGAUUGGAAUUUUUUGAAAUGUGCUUCUAAGUAUCAUUUUAUGCAGGAGGACAUAUUAAUGGAAAGAAAAAAUGGCCUCCAUUGCUUUCACGUAGCAAAAGGUAGAGCAAGUGAUCGGGAUCAUAAGAGUUCAAUGAAGAAGAACCAUGGCUGCUUAAAGAAUUAUAUUGAAAUUGCAAUAAAGAUUGCGCAUUCUCUUCCUGAGAAGCCUCUCCCAAUGAGUAUUCCUAAUGAUGUUGAUCCCAAAGUGAUCAUGUUUAAGAUUUAGCGAGCAGUGAAAACUUUAUUCUAUAAAGGAUUCAUUUUAGAAAAUUUUGGAAGGAAUGAAUCAUGUCUUUUUGGUGUACAGUAAGAUUUAUUCUUGGAAAAACUCCCUAUCAAUUCCAUGUUGGAGACAUGCUAUUAUUUUGAACUCCUCAUUUAAUAUUGGAUGCACCAAUUCAAUGA